AUGAAGGAAAAAGAAGUCAUUGUCCUCGAUAGCGAUUCCGAUGAAGGUGAAGACAUGCGCCGCGCUAUCGAACUGUCCCUUCAAGACCCAAGCAUGAUGAACGAGGAAGCUGCUCCUACCGCCAAGAGCACUGAAAGUUCUGCGGCCGUCGAUCAUACCACAUUCGGCGGUAUAUCCUUGAAUCGGAAAGAGAUGGAAGAGGCACGAUUAAAUCGACUUGGAAAGCGGCGCCGAAACUCUAACGAGAGUGGUGCUGGGGAGCCUGCGAUGAAACGGUCGACGCCGCAGCAAUCCGAACGUGGAGGCGGCUUGCGAGCGCGAUAUCCCCAAGGAACUGUACGACGCACGUGGGCUCAAGGGUAUACCAAAACGUCUGAUGAUAUUACGAUUGAAGAAAUUUUUCAAAAAGAACAUCUCCAGCUGGCUCUGCUCUCUUCUUUCCAGUGGGACGAAGAAUGGCUCCUAAGCAAGCUCAAUGUCAGCAAAACUCGCAUUUUGCUGGUUGCUUUUGCAGCGGGCGAGGAGCAGAAACAAAUAAUGAGGGACAACGUGCCCAAGAACAUUAGAUUUUGCUUCCCGCCAAUGCACGGCGCAGGAUCAAUGCAUUCCAAGCUCCAGCUCUUGAAAUACCCCAGCUACCUCAGAUUAGUGAUCCCGACGGGAAAUUUGGUGCCGUAUGACUGGGGCGAAACUGGUGUCAUGGAGAACAUGGUUUUCGUUAUUGACCUGCCUCGUCUGGAAGCGAACGGCGCUCGCGGAACGACCGUCUUCGCGGAAGAUGUGGCUAAUUUCCUGAAAGCAUCCGGUGUAGAGGAUGCCAUGGUCAAGAGCCUUGGCAACUACGACUUCUCUGCGACAGAGAAUCUAGGCUUUGUUUGCUCCAUACCAGGAGGCCACACAGGGGAUGCUCUCCGUCGCGUUGGUUACUGUGGCUUGGGGGCGACUGUAAGAGGCCUCGGCCUGGCUACGGACACACCCAUUGAAGUCGACUUGGCUUGUGCGUCGCUAGGUUCUAUCAAGUACGACCUCAUCAACGCGAUGUACAACGCGUGUCAAGGGGACGAGGGUCUGCGAGAGUACAACGCCCGCGUCGGUCGGAAGCCGAACAACAAAGAGAUCCAACCCACGGAGAAGCUCCGGGAUCGAUUCCGGAUAUACUUUCCAACCGAUCAGACGGUUGCUAAAAGUAAAGGCGGGCGACAGUCUGCUGGGACAAUCUGCGUCCAGGCAAAGUGGUGGAGGUCCCCAACUUUUCCGAGAGAACUUGUUCGAGACUGCAUCAAUAAUAGGGGCGGGCUGCUAAUGCAUACCAAGAUUAUAUUUGUCCGCAGGCCGGCAGGAGCUGAGCUGAUUGGCCAAAGUACAUACGGGGGAUGGGCAUAUAUCGGCAGCGCCAAUCUUUCGGAGAGCGCAUGGGGCCGCGUAGUCAAGGAUAGAGGCACGGGGAAUGCCAAGAUGAGCUGCCGAAACUGGGAGUGCGGUGUAGUUGUACCAGUGCAGGGAAGUCCUGGCAACGACGGCGGCUUUACCAUGUUUUCGGGAACGGUUCCCGUUCCAAUGGAGGUCCCCGGCCGCCCAUACGAGAAGACUGACGAGCCGUGGUUCUUUGACGAUCAGUAA